AUGUUUACUCGUGGUGUGGCUCGUUCUGCUGCGGCGACGUCCCGCGGCAAUGCGUCGUCUCUCUUCUUAAGACUCCGGGGCUCUGCAUCGCCUCUGCCGCUGGGGGGCCGUCGGUACAUUUCAGUGUAUGGCUACACGCAAUCGAAGGCGCUGAUAUACUCCAAGUACGGGGAACCAAAGGAUGUCCUACGUCUUCAUUCUCACUCAAUCUCUGCGCCUCACGGAACGCAGGUCAACCUUCGGCUCCUGGCUGCGCCGCUCAACCCGGCCGAUGUGAACCAGAUCCAAGGCGUUUAUCCGAGCAAACCGCCAUUUCUGAAUACGCUGGGCACGCAGGAGCCUUCGGCAGUAGGAGGAAACGAAGGUGCCUUCGAAGUCAUUGCGACUGGCUCCGGAGUCAAGAAUCUGAGCAAGGGUGACUGGGUGGUGAUGAAGAAGACGGGCCAAGGCACCUGGCGUACCCACGCCCAGCUCGACGAAUCGCAGCUGAUCAAGAUCGAGAACAAGGAGGGCCUGACUCCCCUUCAGAUCAGUACGGUCAGCGUGAACCCGGUGACUGCGUACCGGAUGAUCAAGGACUUUUGUCAGUGGGACUGGAUGCGUUCCGGAGAGGAAUGGCUUAUCCAGAACGGCGCCAACAGCGGAGUCGGACGCGCCGCGAUCCAGCUGGCGCGAGAGUGGGGCAUCAAGACGCUCAACGUCGUUCGGGAGAGGAAGACGCCCGAAGAGACUGAGGCUCUGAAGAAAGAGAUGCUCGACCUAGGUGGAACGGCGGUGGUCACGGAGGCUGAACUGCUUUCCGGCGAGUUCAGAAAUAUGGUGAACGAGUUCACCCGCCAAGGCAAGGAACCCAUCCGCCUGGCGCUGAACUGUGUCGGAGGCAAGAACGCCACUGCGCUGGCGAAGACGCUUGCGCCGGGCUCUCAUAUGGUUACGUACGGUGCCAUGUCAAAGCAGCCAGUGGCCCUGCCGUCGGGGCUUCUGAUCUUCAAGAACCUGGUCUUUGAGGGGUUCUGGGUCAGCAAGUGGGGAGACAAGCACCCUCAGCUCAAAGAAAACACCAUCAAUGACGUGCUCGAGUUGACCCGUGCGGGCAAAUUCAAGGACAUUCCUGUAGAAGAGAUCAAAUGGAGCUGGGAGACCGAAGGCCCGGAGCUCGCCGCUGGCGUGCAGGAGACUAUGAGUGGCUUCCGCAGUGGAAAGGGCUUGCUUAAGUAUGUGGGCGGCGACUAA